CUACUGCUGUCCGCUGUCCGGAGAGUAAGCUGCUGGGCCUGCAGCUAGAGCAGAGAGAAAGUAUGAAGCCAUCCUGGCUGCAAUGUCGCAAAGUAACAGGCGCCGGGACUCUUGGGGCGCCCCUGCCAGGGUCCCCUUCAGCGAGAGGAGCCGGUGCUGCCCGAAGGGCUUUGGUGGCCAGUCUCGGGGGCAGAAGCUGCAGGGCUCUGACCACAGGCAGUGGUGGCGAAUACAAGACCAACUUCGCAGCCUCUGUGGCAGACCCUGAGAGGUUCUGGGGUAAAGCUGCGGAGCAGAUCAGUUGGUACAAGCCUUGGACCAAAACGCUAGAGAGCAGAUACCCUCCUUCCACUAGUUGGUUUGUGGAAGGGAUGCUCAAUAUUUGUUACAAUGCUAUUGAUCGGCACAUUGAAAACGGCCAAGGGGAUAAGAUUGCAAUCAUCUAUGACAGUCCUGUUACAAACACUAAAGCAACAAUUACCUAUAAGGAAGUCUUGGAGCAGGUCUCUAAGCUGGCUGGUGUCCUGGUCAAGCAGGGUGUCAAGAAGGGUGACACGGUGGUCAUCUAUAUGCCCAUGAUCCCACAAGCAAUAUAUGCCAUGCUGGCAUGUGCAAGGAUAGGAGCGAUUCACAGCCUCAUAUUUGGAGGAUUUGCUUCCAAAGAAUUAAGUACCCGCAUUGAUCAUGCAAAGCCUAAGGUGGUUGUUACAGCAUCCUUUGGGAUUGAACCUGGAAGGAAGGUAGAAUACAUCCCACUUCUAGAAGAAGCAUUAAAAAUAGGACAACACAUACCAGACAGAGUUCUCAUUUACAGUCGUCCAAAUAUGGAGAAAGUUCCUUUGAUGUCAGGUCGAGAUCUUGAUUGGGAAGAAGAAAUGGCAAAAGCCCAGUCUCAUGACUGUGUGCCUGUUCUCUCAGAACAUCCAUUGUAUAUUCUCUACACAUCUGGGACAACUGGGCUACCUAAGGUAUUUGCUUUCUUUGUGAUAUGCACAAUGGCAGAGACCGGAUCCCCCAUUACAGCAUCCUGUAUUGGAUUAGGAAACUCCAAAACACCUCCACCUGGGCAGGCAGGAAAAUGUGUCCCAGGAUACAAUGUUAUGAUUUUGGAUGACAACAUGCAAAAACUGAAGGCUCGAAGCUUAGGAAAUAUUGUGGUAAAGUUGCCAUUACCACCUGGGGCUUUUUCAGGACUCUGGAAGAAUCAGGAAGCAUUCAAGCAUUUAUACUUUGAGAAAUUUCCUGGAUAUUAUGACACUAUGGACGCUGGCUACAUGGAUGAGGAAGGCUACGUGUAUGUUAUGUCUCGUGUGGAUGAUGUCAUAAAUGUUGCAGGCCACAGGAUUUCUGCAGGCGCUAUUGAGGAGUCAGUCCUUUCACACGGCACUGUGGCUGACUGUGCUGUGGUUGGCAAGGAAGACCCCUUGAAAGGUCAUGUUCCCUUAGCACUCUGCGUGUUGAAGAAAGAUAUAAAUGCAACAGAAGAACAAGUUUUGGAAGAAAUUGUGAAACACGUUAGGCAGAGCAUUGGCCCUGUGGCUGCUUUUCGAAAUGCAGUUUUUGUCAAACAGUUACCCAAAACCAGGUCUGGCAAGAUUCCACGGUCUACACUGUCUGCCCUGGUCAAUGGCAAGCCUUAUAAGGUGACCCCUACCAUCGAGGACCCUAGCAUUUUCGGUCACAUAGAAGAAGUUCUGAAGCAGGCCUUGUGAUUUUUGUUUACUCUUUUCAAUCAGCUUGCCUUAAUUUUCCAGCUGGAAUUAAGUUGUUAAAUUUCUAUAAAUAGUUACUUGAAAAAUAUUUUACCCAUCAACUCAAACAUGAACUAUAGCCUUAAAUCAGUCUGGUGGCCCUUGAAAUGAAGCAGAAUGUUUUGUUUCACGUGAGCCAGUUUGUAUUGUUACCUCUUUCCUGUAACAUGGAUCAUGAUAUGUUAUCUAGCGUAUUAAGGAACAUUUCUGUGUUGUGUGAUUUUACAAAUCCAUGUGCCUUACAGACACAUUUUAAUUGAAAGUAGCUGUACUAUAAACGUACUUCCUGGAGAUAAGAAUCGGCCACUCUUUGAUCAAAAUAUAAACUAAAAUCAGUCGGAAUAUAAUUUAAAAUGUUAUUGUGGUUGACUACCUUAAUUUUAGGUAACCUUCUAGAUAGACUAGGUUGCCUAGCAACAUAGGACCCCAGGGUCAAGCACCAUUUCCAGGUUGCUUGUUACUGGGUAAGGAGAGGCAUGUAUCUGGCAGAGAACCUAGACAUCCUUUCACCAAAUCUUUUGUGGAGAUAAAGGCUCCUGUGUUCUCCUUUUAUGGUUGACAGUGUGCAUUUUGAUGCCUUCAUUUUUGAUGGAAUCAAGGAAUGACAUACAAAUUGAAAGGAAUGACAAGAAGGAUGUUUUAAGAAUAAAUUGGAAGGCUUUCAUCUCAUGUAACAAAUCAAUAAACUUUCUGGGUAAUAUC